GAACCACUUGAGUGUUAUUAUGACGUAUUCAGACAAUAUUUGCUAAUUAUCGAUUUUUCAAUCCAUGUUAUAUCGAGGAGUGGGUUCGCACGUAGAUGAAACUCACCGGUCGUGUUGCUUAUGCGUAUUACAUUCACUCAGAGGAACAUAUAAGAAAUUAUAUACUUUGCAUUUUAUUAUACGGUGUAUAUUUUAUGAUAUACCACGAUGGUAAAACCAAGUGUUUUCGCCAUUGAUCCGGCCCAGCAGAAGGCAGCAGAGAAGGCGAAAGAAGCUGGUCAAACUGAGGUACCAAUUCCGACAGACAAGCUCGAAAAUGAACUCGCCGUCCAGACGCGAGAGGGCGCUAGAGGAGGCUGCUGUAGUUCCAUGAAGCGAUGGCAGAAGAUCACCCUGGGUGUGGUGGCAGCACUGUUACUUGUGGGAUGCAUCGGGUUCUUUACUCACAGGAUGCUGGUCAGGGGAGGCUGGUGUGGCAAUUCGCGUGGUGGAGGUCAUCACCGUUGGGGUAAGUUUCAAGUAGACCAUGGCUUUGAAAUACCACCACCUCCUCCGGGAAAUGGUGAUGGUGGCCAUGGAGGUAGCAGCGAAGAACAUCACCUCAACCGUGGUCCACCGGGACACUCUGGGGAGAAUGACGACCAUGACGACGACCACCAUGGGCAUCACGGUGGUAGCAGCGAAGACGGGCAUCAUGGACCACCACACCAUGAACACGGACCACACCAUGGAUCACCGGGACACCCUGGAGAGAAUGAUGAUCGUCCUCAUGGACAUGGUGAAAGCAGCGAACACGGCGGACCAGACCAUGGACCAAACCCUGGUCCAGACCACGGGCCACACCAAGAGCCACCCUUGGAUUCAGGCGAGACCGAUGCUGGUGACGAGGACCACAUGGAAGACGGCACAAUGUGGUGAGAGGGAGGGCGCCCUCAUCGAUAGCUAACCAAACACACACAACUCACUCUCACGGUCGCACGACAUUCCACUUUGAUAAACUGCCAGUUGUUCCCGUCAACUAUUUCAGUUCAGUUUUUCAGUCCAAGGGCUCUUUUCUUUCUCAUGCGUCAAAAGAACAAUUAAAGAAUGCAAUAUCAAAACAUAAAAAAAUAGUACAUAAAAAUUUGACGUAGGUUGGCAAUAGAUACAUACAAAAUCAAUAGCUUGAAUACACACGAUGUGCUGCAAUGUGAUUUGCGGUGAUAAAUCAGUGAUUAAAUGACAUUGAAUUUGCUUGAUUUCCCGUCUAUGAAUUGAUCAUCAUUGCUUUUAUUAGAAGUAGUAACAAUACAUGUAUACAAUGACAAAGCUUUUAAUCUAUUUUCACACAUUGUAAAUAAGAGCCAUUUUUUAUUAAAUUCUAUUAUUUGGCAUUUUUUGCCUUAUAUUAACUUUAUUAACAGAAAACCAAUUACUGAGUAGACAUUGGAAUUGAACAUGUAGAAAAAAAUAUCUAGGCAUACUGGAGAGUAUUGGAUUUUCGACCCACAAUCUUUACUUAUUUUCGUAUUGUCUCACUUUUACAUGUUUUUUAAUGUUCACGGACUUGCUGAAAAGCAGUCUGUUAUGACUGAAUGUAAGUUUUACCGUGAUGAAAUAAAUACAAUACAAUACUUCACUGCGGCCUUCCCCUUUUUAGACCCCCCCCCCAUCCGUUCCUGUCCUUACUUUCUAAACAUUAACUGUCCUAACUUCCGCUUUCUCCAUCUCUCUCUCUCUCUCGCUCUCUCCAUCUCUCUCUCCCUCGAUCCAUUCCUUCAUCUCUAAACCUCCAUGCCUUUUUAUUUAACCCCAUCCUCUAUCCUCUCUUUGGCUUUUUUCCUUCCUUCCUUCUUAUUUUAUUCUUUUCGCCCUCUUCUCUUUUAUUAUGUUUAGCUCCAGUAUUAGUCGCUGAUUCCCGCUCUCUCCAUCUCUCAACGUAAUCAUUAUUGAUAAACUGUUUGAUCGUGCCUUCAAUCAUGUUCUCUCAUUGGGCUGAAUGUGAGAUUAUUCUUCAUAAAGUUUUUUGCGUUAUUAUUAAAGAAAAAAAAUCACCUUUAA